AUUUAAAUAAAAACGUACCAACUGAGUGAUUUUAAAUAUACGGUACGCGACAAAGGUACAGAUUCAAAGGGUCCGUAUCCAAAAACUCAAAUUGUAAAAGAUUGGUUGUCAAGGUUAUUGAUAGCACACGCAAGCGCUUCUAUCAUUCUGUCAUUCAGUUGUCAAACGGAUGGCAAAGCGGGCGUUUGUUUAAAAUAGUCCCAUCGCGCUUACCGCGUGUUUUUAAUACUCCUGCAUAUUUUCUUAUAUUUCUAACAGAAAACCAUAUUAUUUUGCUCUGAAAUCUAAAUUAAAACAUUUUGUUUUACAAUUAUACUCCGCGUUUUCUGACGUUGAUCGCUAUCGUACUCUUGUGUAUUUAUAAGAACCGGACUAUAAAAUUUAAAAUAUGUGUAUGUACAUUUACAUAUUUUUUUAAAACGGUUGCAAAAUAUGGGUUCGCCACAGAAAGAUAUAGAGCUGAGCCCGGUGAAGCCUGAGGCUAACACCAGCUCUGCUGGGGAAAAGUUAAAUGUGCCGCCGGUAAACGAUGAAGAAGAUGUGAUUAUCGGCAGAUUUAGGAAGAUAAGUUCGGCUAAGUCUAUGGCAGCGACGAACGGGAAUAUUCAGUAUCCUACUGAUAUUCCGGCAAGAAGCGAUGACCCUGAGUCUGGCAUCCAGUUUAGGACGAAAGAGUCGGGUGAGAAAGACCGGCUGCUGCCGGACUCUGUUACGAACGGUACGAUAGCCGUACACUCGCGGUCGCCGGUCACGAAGAGCAGCUUCCGCGACGUUGAGAAACCCUCCCGGUUCAAGGAUCAACCAUCUGCCACGAGAUUUCAGAUGGAAGAUGAGCCAGAAGACUUGGAACACACGGAGGAGUCGGAUGGAAUGGACAGCGAUGACCCCCUCACAGCUACUGACACUAAAUACGGAAAGAGCUUCAGGCAUCUUACACGAGAAGCUCUUCCAAGGCUGGACAACUACCGAAACGUUCUAUCAUUACACGCUGCACCUCGACCAACAUUAGAUGAACUCCAUAAUGCUUCGUUAUCUAGGAAGCCUGGCCAGACGCUGGAGAAGGACCUGGCGACGCCGACGCUCGCGACCACGAACAUCAAGUUUGGCUGGAUAAAGGGCGUGCUGAUGCGAUGCCUCCUCAACAUCUGGGGCGUCAUGCUGUUCUUGCGGCUCUCGUGGGUCGUGGGACAGGCGGGCGUGGCGCAGUCAAUGCUCCUGAUCCUCACAACGUCAGUCGUCACCACCAUCACGGCUCUCUCCAUGUCCGCGAUCAGUACCAACGGUGUCAUCAAAGGCGGUGGUACAUACUACAUGAUAUCGCGGUCCCUGGGCCCUGAGUUCGGCGGCUCCAUAGGACUGAUCUUCUCGAUGGCGAAUGCGGUCGCCUGCGCCAUGUAUGUGGUCGGCUUCGGGGAGUCGCUCAUCACGCUCAUACCGGAGUCAGCUUAUAUGGUGGACAAGGGAUGGGACCAAGCAAUAUACGGCUGCAUAACCAUAGUGUUGCUGACCGGCAUCGUGAUGGUCGGCAUGGAGUGGGAGGCGAAGGCGCAGAUAGUCCUACUGGUGAUCUUGCUCGCCGCCAUCGCGGACUUCUGUGUCGGGUCUAUUAUGGGACCCAAGAGUGAUAUCGAAAUGGCGCAAGGAUUUGUUGGAUAUAAUUUGACCGUACUAAAAAGCAACAUAGGUCCAGACUACAGGCUGUUCGAAGGCGUCGAGCACAACUUCUUCUCCGUGUUCGCGAUCUUCUUCCCCGCCGCUACUGGGAUAUUGGCUGGAGCCAAUAUUUCUGGAGAUUUAAAGGACCCCCAAAAAUCAAUUCCCAAGGGUACACUGCUAGCUAUUCUGCUGACAACCAUCUCGUACCUAGUGAUAGCUGUGAUCGCGGGCUUCACAGUACUGCGGGACGCGUCGGGCGAUGUGGCCGACGUGGCCGGCUGGGGGAUGGCCGACUGCGUGGCGAAUGGAACCUGUCAAUAUGGAUUACAGAACAGUAAUGAUGUAAUCCGUCUAGUGUCAGCGUUUGGUCCGCUGAUCUACGGCGGUUGUUUUGCGGCCACGCUCUCCUCGGCAUUAGCUUCUCUGGUUUCUGCGCCUAAAGUCUUUCAGGCGCUCUGCCAAGACAAGCUGUACCCGUACCUGGAGUUCUUCGCGAAGGGUUACGGCGCCAACAACGAGCCCGUGCGCGGGUACGUGCUCACCUUCGUCAUCGCCGUGGCCUUCAUACUCAUGGGUGGUUUAAACCAGAUAGCUCCAUUAAUCUCAAACUUCUUCCUAGCUGCUUACGCGCUGAUUAAUUUCUCGACAUUCCACGCCAGUUUAGCAAAACCUGUGGGAUGGAGACCUACGUUUAGGUUCUACAACAUGUGGCUGUCGCUGGUGGGCUCGAUGCUGUGCGUGGCCAUCAUGUUCGUGAUCUCGUGGAUCACGGCGCUCGUCACCUUCGCCUUCCUGCUGGCUCUGUACCUACUCGUGUCCUAUAGGAAUCCUGAUGUGAAUUGGGGAUCAACGACGCAAGCGCAGACGUACAAGACGGCACUCACCGGCGUCUACCAGCUCAACAGGGUUACUGAACACGUCAAGAAUUACAGGCCUCAGAUCCUUGUACUGACGGGCUUUCCUGGCGAGCGUCCGCUGCUAACAGACUUCACGUACCUCCUCACAAAGGGACAUUCGUUGAUGUUGUGUGGACAUAUAAUGCAGGGCGCAGUGAGUCACCGCGGGCGCGAGGCGCUGGCGUCGCGCGCCUCGCUGUGGCUCAGCCGCAGGAAGAUCAAGGCCUUCUACUCCGUCGUCGACGACGUGACCUUCAAGGACGGGGCCAACGCACUCGUGCAGGCGAGUGGUAUCGGCAAGUUGAAACCAAAUAUACUGUUAAUGGGCUUCAAGGAGAACUGGCAGACAAGCGAAAGGAACGAAAUCGUUGAUUACGUAGAAGUAAUGCACAAGGCCCUGGACGUGCACAUGGCCAUCGCCCUGCUGCGCGUGUCGGGCGGCCAGUACUGCGGCGAGGCGCUGGACGCGGACCUGCAGGCCUACCUCGCGGACGUCAACCUCAAGGACCUGGCCGCCUUCUCACGUUCUAUGGGAGAUAACAAGGAGUCCAAAUCAACUGAGAGCCUCAACACGCACUCCCGAGGCAGCAGCAUGUCGGACGUGUCGAUGGGCGGGUCCCCGCGGCUGCGGCGCGCCGUGUCCCGCGACCCCGCCGCCGCCGCCGCCCCGCCCGCCGCGCCCGCGCGGGACAAGGACAAGGGCAAGGGUAUCGGCAGCGCGGUCCGGCGCGCGCUGGGCGCGUCCGCCGCGCGGCGCACGUCGUCCUUCACGUCGGUGGAGCAGUUCACCAAGCGGCAGGCCGGGACCGUGGACGUGUGGUGGCUGUAUGAUGACGGAGGUCUAACCUUACUCCUGCCGUACAUAUUGUCAACACGGCGUGCGUGGUCUUCAUGCCCGCUGCGAGUGUUCACGCUCGCCAACAAAAACACAGAACUUGAGAUCGAAGAGAGGAAUAUGGCGUCUCUGCUGUCCAAGUUCAGAAUAGACUACUCCGCGUUGAAGAUGAUAGCAGACAUCACGCGGCGGCCGAAGGACUCCACGCUCGCUUACUUCGACAAGCUGGUCGCGCCGUUCAAAGCUGUCGAUGAUAAUGAUAGCACCGGCAUCUCGGAGGCGGACCUGCUGGCGGCGCAGGAGCGCACGCACCGGCAGCUGCGCCUGCGCGAGCUGAUCCAGGCGCAGUCGCGCGGCGCGCGCCUCGUGUGCGUGACGCUGCCCAUGCCGCGCCGCCGCGCCGUGGUGCCGCCGCCGCUGUACUGCGCCUGGCUGCACGCCGUGGCCACGGCCGCCGACCGCACGCUGCUCGUGCGCGGCAACCACGCCGCCGUGCUCACCUUCUACUCCUAGGCGACACCCCGCUGUGUGCAUGCCUGGCAGCGAGCGACACGCUCUCGACUCAUGGUACGAAGGAUAUACUUCUUAAUUCUCUCGACAGGAUUUUAGUAGACAAUUUGCCUACAUGAUAAAGAAAUUGUAAUAAACUAGACAAAUCUGCAAACAAAAAUAUCGACAUUCUACUUGAAGAUUAAUUGAUUAUUUGAUUUCUCAAUUUACAUUAGUUCGAAUAUGACUUUGAACGAGAACUGUUGACCGACAAAAAGAGAAUUUUGUCAAUGCGACCGCUAUUGUAUUGUCAGGGGUCGCUUUUGUUUGCAAUAAUGCAAAACUGGCUUAUUUCUGGUCUAUUUAUUACUUACACAGGAAUACCCGACACGAUUACGAAUAUCGAGAAAAGCGACGUGAAAUGCUGUAGAUUAAAAAAUAUGUAUUUAUUUUAUUUCUCUCUUUAACUUUAAUGACAACAAAUAGUCUUAAUUGUUCUAAACACAUUUCAUCGGACCUCUAAUUUUUUUACCUUCUGACUGCAACUUUUGAGUUAAUAAUCCCUUUACGAAAAUGCUCUCCUAGUACAUAUUUUGACAGUACCAGUACAAAAACAGUAAACCAAAGUUUUUAUUCAUGGUAUACGUAAAAUUUAGUUAAAUUAUUAGUUUUAAUUAUUUGGUAGUUAGUGAACAGUGUUGUAGAAGUAAUUUAAUGUUAAUAUUGAAUCAUUCCAAGAUGGCAAAUUCUUAACCUCAUAGCGAUAUCUUUGUCAUAACGUAAUGCGUUUUUUUAAAGAACUAAUACUAUUUAAAAAAUCAGAAUAAUCUUGUCAAUUUUUCUAGAGCUGCUAGAAUGUUACAGAAAUCAUUUGAGGUUAAGAAUGAUUGUUAUGAAAGUACAAAUUAAUGAUGUUGUGUAUUUAUUGCUAUGUGUAUCUUUUUUAAUUUCUUUGUUGCUAAUUGAACCCAAAGCCCAUAGAUCUGAUGUUUAACUAUCACGUAAGGACAAAAUAACGCGAAUUCUUGAAUUGUAAUUCACUUAUGGCCCGCUUACCAAGGGGUACUGUACUAACUAAUUAAUAGUGGAGGCCAGAAAGAAACUCGCGUCAUGUGUAGUACGCUAUUCAGCGGAAUCCAGCAAGACUGGAAACUAUCCUCAAAAUCGCUUGGCAAAGGCUAGGUAGAAUCAUUCUCCCCUAGUGUUGCCAGAAGCUAAUACGUGAAAAUUAAAAUUUAAAAUGAAAUACAAAAAAAAAAUGUUUCUCUAAUAAUUUAUUUUUAUUAAGCUAUGAAUAAUAUAGUGUAGGAGCCUAACCUCCAGUGCUGUAAUAACAAUAAUAACAAAAUCAUAACAAUGUUGCCUUAAUAAGUAAAUAUUGUGACAAUUUUACAAUUAUAUGCAAUAUUUUAUAUGUAUUGUACAAUUUAUAUAUAUUGUAUGUUAUUUUAUAAUAGUAUACUGAUUUGUGAGUGUUUUAACGGAUUUGAAAGUAGUGAUGUAGUGAAUUCUGUUAUUAGCCUUAUUUGGCUGCAAAGUAUUUUUGCUAUAUUAUAUAAAUAUUAUAGAUCUUUCAUAUUGAAUGUAUCUUUUUAACGUGCUUGUAUGUACCAUGUUUUAACAAUAUACAAUUUUACAUGUUUAUACAUAUGUAUUUAAUGCUAUCGUUCAAAUCGACGAAUGUUUUAUAAUGCCCCCACUUUGUAACCUAUUAUUCGAUUAUACUUUAAAUCUAGUAUUUUAAACAAAUUGCGAUGAGUGUUAUAGUUAUAACUCUUCAGUAAAUACUCUGAAUAAACUUUAGCCUCAAAGCAAUGCAAUCCUACGUUACAAUAGUUACUGAUUUAAAAGAAUCGCAACAACGAAUGCGCAACCAAGUUUAGUUGACCUUAGUAACGCACCGUAAAAUUAAAAUAAUCGUCCGUAGUUCAAAAGAAGUGCUGUACAAAUAAAUGUUUGGUCUUGGCUAACGCACUACCUAGAAAUAUCCUUAAUAUGUUGAAAAAAAUAUAUACGCAAUAUCCGAAUUUAGUUUUUCCUGAAGUAUCAAUAGAAAUACCUAAAGAGUUACCAUUUGAAAAUCAUGGAUGAAAUAUUAUGGGAAUGUAUUUUUUUUAAUAUGAAAUUUAGUCUAAAAGAAAGACUCGAGAUAGCAGAAGCUUAGUAAUUUGAUGUAUUAGCAAGAUGCUUAUAAUUAGUGAUCAUUCCCUGUCGGUAUUGAACCAUACUAAUUUAAACAUAUUUCGAUGUAAUAAAAAGUAUCAUAAAAAUUAAUCUAAAGAUCUAGAUCCCUGAUUAGUGAAUCACACUACUCAUUAAUAAAACCAGUUUUAGCAACAGCUUCCAAAAAUGGUAUGCUCUUUUUAAUAUGGAGAUGAAAUCUGAAUUAAAUUAAAAUAAUUUUAUCAUGUGACUAAAUUAUUGACAUUUUACUUUUAAUUAUUCUGAAGUAAUAUUAUGAAAUUAAUUUAUUAACCAAUUUUUGUCUUGUGUAUAUUGUGAUUAGGUUAGUUUCUUUACAAUUAGAUUACAAUUUAAUUUUAUUAGUUUAUGUAUUGACGUUUCACUGGACUUGUAAUGCAAACUAGUAUAGGUAACACAUGUCAUUACAGAGUUUAAUUUCUUACAAAGAGAUGGUACAGACUCAAUAGUAAUAUCUUUUAUGUAUAAUAGGAGCAGACCUAUUCUUGAAAUGUAUUGUACAAAUAGUGUAAACAAAAUGGAUUGUGAAUAAAUGAGUUGAAGAUGA